AUGGUAUUUUGUGAUGCUCCGUUCUUAUUCUACUUUAGUGGUUGCAUUGCUACAUGUAAGUUAAUAUAAUACCAAAUUGUAUGUUUCGUAAAGAAAGUUCUUGCCAUUUUUGUUUUGCAAAGAAAGUUUUUGUCAUUAUGUAUUAUCAUUAUAUAACUUUUAGCUCUCUGGACCUCAACAUGUUUGACAGUAAUAAUAUUGGCCUUCAAUCGAUUAUGUGAUUUGGUCAGUGUAAAACUGUCAAAUUCUUUAUUUUCUGGAAGUCGAGUUUACAUUUGGUUACUAAUUCCUUUACUGUACUUCUUAUGGUUUGUAUGGUACUGCCCAGUACUGUUGUUUACUUCCAUCUACUACUCGGAAUUCAGUAAUCCUUACGUGGGUACUGUAUUUGAGGCUCAAGCUGAAGAUCAGGUAAGAACUGAAUUUUCUUACCCUACCCUACCCUACCCUACCCUACCCUACCCUACCCUACCCUACCCUACCCUACCCUACCCUACCCUACCUUACUCUACCCUACCCUAUCCUAUCCUACCCUACCAUACCCUACCCUACUAAAUAAUUCAAUUUUAGUACAUCAGCUGGCCAAUGAUAGCAAAUGAUACAGUAACACCAUUGAUUAUGGUUUUGUUGUAUACUGUAAUAUGUAUUGUGUUCUUAGUAAGAAGCUACCGAUUGAAGAGGAAUAGCGCUGGAAGUGGUGCCAAACUGACAGAUUUCCAAAAAACUGUAAGUGUAAAGAAAGUUCUUUCUAUUUUCUGUUUUGUAAAGAAAGUUCUUGCUAUUUCUUAGUUUCUAAAGAAAGUUCUUGCCAUUUUCAGACAGUAAUUCAAUCAUGUUUAAUAUGCUGUCUAUUCGUUCUGUGUGGAGCAAUAUACAACUACAUGGACUACUAUGGAGCGCCAGUAUCAUUAGUGACGUUUAGUACUAUUAUCUGGCAGGCUUGUCAUGGUAAGUACUAGUAAUAUUAUUUUGUGUACCAGUACUAUUACUUUAUAUUCUAAUACUUGUAUUUCUUAUUUUUUAGUACUCAGUCCUAAAAAACGUUUUUAAUGCUACAUAGUACGGCGCUCAUCCAGAAUAGCCUCCCUACCCAUACCAUUUCAAGCACCCACCGAUCUUCUUCAAAACGUACCCCCAAGACUCAUUUCCAAAAAGCAGAUUGAAAAUUUCAUUUUUUUCUCUUGCGAUUUCUCACAUAAAUUUCAAUUUGCAGAAAAUUUUGAACCGCACCCACUGUAGAUUACAUCCCCACCCACUGUAGAUUGCACCCCCACCCAAUGUAGAUUGCACCCCCACUCAAUGUAGAUUGCACCCCCACCCAAUGUAGAUUGCACCCCCACUCAAUGUAGAUUGCGCCCCCAACCAUUGUAGAUCGCACCCCAGCCCACUGUAGAUCGCACCCCCACCCACUGUAGAUGGCACCCCCACCCACUGUAAAUCGCACCCCCGCCCACUGUAGAUCGCACCCCCACCCAUUGUAGAUCGCACCCCCACCCAUUGUAGAUCGCACCCUCACUAUUGUAUUUCACACCCCCAGAAAAUGAAAUUUACAACCGGCACGUAAAAAGUCAAAAAUUAUUCAUUUUUUUAAAUUGACCUUUACGAAAUCAAUAAAAAUGGGUAUAAAAGGCAGCAGAUUUUGCAAAUUCUUCAUUCUGCUCCUCCGUUCACCGCCCUGGCCAGUCAGCAGACCAGCACUCUCUCGCGCGACCCUCAACUUCGGACAUUACCGAUAUGGUUCGGCUAAGUGGGAUCGACCUGGAGUUGGAGAUUGGGGGUUUCACUGGGGGUGCGAACUGGCGGUUGAGGGUGUGAAACGGAAUGGGGGGCUGUUUUGGAUGAGCCCCCAUAGUACUAAUCAAAAUUUAUAGUACUAUAUAGUACAAGGGCAAAAUUUUAGUGUCACAUAGCGCUACAAAGAGUUUUUUUGAUACUGUAUCGUACCAAAAGGCCUUUUAGUACUAAACAGUACUGAAAUAAUUUUUAGUACUGUAUAAUAGCAAAAAAUUAUUUGGUACUGUAAACAUCUAACAAAAUUAUUUGGUACUAUUUAGUACUAAGACAGAUUUUUAGGGUCACGUAGUACUGAUAAGAGCUUUUGAUACUAUACAAUACUUAAGUACAAAGUAGUACUACACAAAUUUUAGGUGGAACAGUAAUAAUCUACCUGAUCUUCAACAAAACUCUUCGAAAUGAAAUGUCAAGAUAUUUAAUAAAACGACCGGCUGUUAUUGUCAGUGUUUCUAUGUAUCCAAGUGAAGGCAAACUGAUACACAAUACUACUACUGGACCCAAGUUGGGACUUUUCUAA